UUCUAGGUGAAUCGAACAGUCGACUCCCUCCAGGACCUUGAGGACGUGACACACGUAACGUGAGCAGUAACAAUAACAACACAUUAUAACCAUGCUGCUUCGCAAGGUGAGCCAGUCCUCCGCCCUGUGCGGCUCCCUGCUCCGGAUCCCCCCCGGCCUGUCUGGAGGUCAUCGUCCGGCCAGGGCUGUGGUGCAAGGCUCCCGUCUCUACGCCAGCCAGGCUGCAGAGGCUGUGAUAGAGAAGACGGCAGCAGUCGGAACUGAUGCUGCCACUAAAGUGGAAAAGAAUAUAGUUUCUCUGGAAUCCAAAUCCUUUGCUGUCAACAUUUUCAAGGGGCAGAUCGCCACUGCCCAAGUGUUUCCCUACCCCUCAGCCCUCAAUGAGGAGCAGGAGCAGUUCCUCAGGGAGCUUGUGGGUCCUGUCGCCAAAUUUUUCGAGGAGGUGAACGAUGCUGCCAAGAAUGACUCCUUGGAGAAGGUGGAGGAUCACACCAUGGAGGGCCUGAAGGAGAUGGGCGCCUUUGGCCUGCAGGUGCCAGCUGACCUGAAUGGCCUCGGCCUCUCAAACACACAGUAUGCCCGGUUGGUUGAGAUCGUCGGCAGUCACGACCUGGGCGUUGGCAUCACCCUGGGCGCCCACCAGUCCAUUGGCUUCAAGGGAAUUCUGCUUUUUGGGAAUCCAGCCCAGAAGCAGAAGUACCUGCCUAAACUCGCCACAGGCGAGAACAUAGCGGCCUUCUGUCUGACUGAACCAGCCAGUGGCUCUGACGCCGCCUCUAUCAAGACCACCGCUAUCCAGUCCCCCUGCGGAGAAUAUUUCACCCUCAAUGGAAGCAAGAUCUGGAUCAGCAAUGGAGGCCUGGCUGAGAUCUUCACAGUGUUCGCCAAGACGCCCAUGAAGGAUCCCAAAACAGGCGAGAUGAAGGACAAGAUCUCAGCCUUCGUCGUGGAGAGGAGCUUUGGAGGAGUGACACAUGGCCCCCCAGAGAAGAAGAUGGGCAUCAAGGCGUCCAACACGGCCGAGGUCUACUUCGAUAAUGUCCGCGUGCCAGCCGACUGUUUGCUUGGCGAGGUCGGUGGCGGUUUCAAGGUCGCCAUGAACAUCCUGAACAACGGGCGCUUCGGCAUGGCGGCCGCCCUCUGCGGAACCAUGAAGGGCGUCAUCUCCAAAGCGGUGGAUCACGCAGCCAACAGAACCCAGUUCGGGAGCAAGAUCCACAACUACGGAGCCAUCCAGGAGAAGCUGGCUCGCAUGGCGAUGCUGGAAUAUGUGACUGAGUCGAUGGCCUACAUGAUCAGUGGCAAUAUGGACAGUGGAGCGUCUGACUUCCAUAUUGAAGCUGCCAUCAGCAAGAUCUUUGCUUCUGAAGCGGCGUGGACCGUGACUGACGAGUGUAUUCAGGUUAUGGGCGGCAUGGGCUUCAUGAAGGAUUGUGGAGUGGAGCGAGUGAUGAGGGACCUGAGAAUCUUCAGAAUCUUUGAGGGAACCAACGACAUCCUGAGGCUCUUUGUCGCCCUCAAUGGAUUCCAGAAUGCUGGGAACCAGUUGAAGAGUUUGCAGAAGGCCCUGAAGAACCCGCUUGGCAAUGCUGGGUUUCUCGCGGCAGAAAUCUCCAAGAGAGCCAAAAGGAAGGCAGGUUUGGGCACAGGUCUGACUCUGCAGGGAUCCGUGCACCCUGAGCUGGCACAGAGCGGGGAACUGACAAUUAAAGCCAUCGAACAGUUUGGAGGUGUCGUUGAAGAGCUGCUUAUCAAACAUGGCAAGAAGAUCAUUGAUGAACAGUUUGUCCUAACGAGAGUCGCCGACUGCGCCAUCGACCUUUACGCCAUGGUGGUGGUCCUGUCCAGGGCUUCACGCUCUCUGAGUCAGGGUCAAGCCUCAGCUCAGCACGAGAAGAUGCUGUGUGAGACCUGGUGUGUGGAGGCCUAUGAGAGGAUCAUGCUUGGCACCAAGACCCUGCGAUCCAGUGAGUCCAGACAACUCUUCAAGAACCUGAGGUCCAUCUCUGCCGCCAUGGUGGAGAACGGAGGAGUGGUGGCUCCUCACCCACUGGGUUUCUAAACACACUACGCUGUGGGUUUUUGUUUUUUUUACCCCCCCAAUCUCAGCAGGCUCUUAGUCCACUGUGCCAGCUUCUCUCACACUUGAACCAAUUUCCACUCAUCGUUGCUCCAUGUUGAUGACACAUCAUGGGUGUAUUUAUGUAAGGCUUUCAUCCGAAGCGCCUUUGGACAAUUUGCCUCUCACUCACACACACACACACACACACACACACUCGUGUACAUAAGACAAGAGCAUGUUGUCUUGCUCAAGGGCACUGGCUUGUGGACAGGAGAAUGUGGGGGUCAAAGCUCAUGAUCCCCUCUGUACGAUUAAGCAUUCAUGUAGUGAGAUACAUUUGCAACCUCAUAGUUUUUAUAGAAUAAUCAUUAUUUUAAUCUUUGGUUUGGUUCAGCACACUGUAGCUGCUUUCAGACCGGUACUAAGGGCCGGACAUUUUCCUGAAAUUUCCCCGGGGGGUUGUUGUACACGAGAAUUAAAAUGUCUGAUUCAGUCCAGACUUUUCCUGGAACUUUUCCUGGAAGCCCCUUUGGAAAAUGCCUGGAAAAUGUCAGAGUGAGCCUCGUGUUGAGGAUGUUUCUAUCAUGCAAAGGACGCAAACUUGUAAGAAUACAAAUAUUUCAGGAUGAGAAACAGCUGUCCUGCCAGAAAAAGAUGCUGACGAAGAUGUGAACCUGGAAAGACCACGGGAGCUUUUGGCGAUAAGGGCCAUAACAGAUGUCAAUGUGCUGUAAACAAAAACACCUACUGUCCUCAGCGGAAUGCACACGUCACGUCCAGCCUCCUUCACGCUCUUCCCAGGCGCCACACCUCGAAUGUUACUGAUAUUCUCCUGUUGCCAACACUGCGUUCUCCAUAUGUUUGACCUGGAUUGUCAUCAGUUUUUGGCCCCACCUUAACGAUGCAACUAAAAUCUCUUUGCUAGUUUCCAACUGACUUAUUCGUCAUUGAGUUUUCCGUCCAGCAGCCAUGUUGUUGACAUGGCAAAUACACUUGAACUCAACCGUUGGCAUGUUGCCACCUUGAGGCAGCGAAACUCAAAGGUGUGAUUAACCAACGACACCUUGUCUGAAGUCAGUGGUGCUGUACUUUACUGUUUAAUCUGGUGAAACAUGAAACUAACGGUGUUAUAUUUGUGUGAAUACUAGAUGAAUUAAUGCAUAAGAACAAUGCAACUUUGAGAUUAGAGGUCAGUUAACAGGAAGCUUUGAACAAAUCUGUUUUACUGUAUACUCAACGAGGCUUUAAAGAACAAACACAGCCUUUUGAAUGUGUACACUUUUGUCUGCGUUGUGUUGAGAUGUACAUACAGUGUAAUAAGUUCAUGUACUUUAAUGGUCUUCUGCACGCUAAAGAAGCCCUUGCCUUACAAACUGGUCCACGGAUGCUGUUUGAAGUUCCUGUUAUGACUUGAGGUUAGCUUCACUUUCCAAAGUGCAAGAGUGUACGUUCUCUGCUGAAGGUGACCGGUAUCAUCAACUGUAAAUAGUUAUCUGCUGCAGCUCAAACUGUAUCUGUUCAGGAUCCAUUCAACCUCAAAGGAUCUGCUCUGUGUUUAUGUUGUGACAGAGCCGCUGUUUGAUAUGAACACAUGCACCCGAUGAUCGACGAGAGGAGUUGAGAUGUUUGUGCAGAUCUGCGUUGAGCUUUGUGGUGUAACGACGCACUUCUAUUGGGAUUAAUAAAUAAAAUGGCCGUUUAUCUGA